UGCUCCCACAUGAAAAAAAUACAUCCGUUUACUAUAGAAUACUACCCUACUUACUAUAGAAUUCACAUAGUUGAGGUGUGGCUUGGGAGACUCCAGAGGGAUCCAGGAAGAAACUGACUCGGGUUAGCCAGAGGCAGAUGCAGAACGGAACAGGAGCGGCUGAGGAAGUUCGUCUCAGAGAGAGUAAGAGAGCAGAGGAAACUACUGUAGAGAGAGACAUGGCAGACACAGAAAACGAGUCAAAAUCCAAACCAGACCAGAAACUCUGCUGCACUGUGUGUUCCAGUGCUCUCAAUAAGGAUAAGUUCGCUACCUGUGGCCACUCAGUCUGUGCCUCCUGCUUGGGGAAGAAAGGUAAAGGCUGUCCUGAGUGUCUACAGAGCUCUGGCAAGCCUGAAACUGCACCUGUGGAACAGAAUGGAACGUUGAAUGGAAUGGUGGCUGAGUCUCCACCGGUGAUCAAAACCAAAGAAAAAUAUGAAAAGGACAUAGAAGCCCAGGAUUCAAAGACCGCAGAGGAAACAAUGAUAAAGGAAGACCUGGAGGAAGCAGAGGACCCUACAAAAACAGAAGAGAAAAGGAAAGAGAAAGAGAGUGACCCUCCACAGCCUGCAGAGGAAGUGAAUGAGGAUGGGGUGAACAAGAAAUCAAAGGAAGAGAAAGCAAAAGAAGAGAAUGCAAAGGAAGAAUACAAGGCAAACGAAGAAGAGGUCAAGGAAGAGGUGAAAGUAGAGUCAUUGGGACUCGAUGAUGUUGUGUGUGACUCAUGUAUGGAGACGAGCCCGUGCAUGGCCCUAAAGUCGUGCCACACCUGCCUUGUGUCCUACUGCGAGGCCCACCUCAGGCCCCACUUGGAGAACCCCAAGUUCCAGAACCACCGUCUGGUGGAGCCGCUGAGGGACAUCGAGAGACGGACCUGUGAGAUUCACAAAUGGUCCCUGGAGCUGUUCUGCUGUUCUGAUGCUGUGUGUGUCUGUCAGGACUGUGUGACAGAAGACCAUAGGGGACAUAACACUGUUCCUGUGUUAGAGGCGCGCAGAACCAUAGAGAGGGAAUUACGAGAUAAACAAACAGAGAUGGUGAAGACAGUGGCGGCAGCAGAGAAUGCCAUCAACCAACUCCAACUUAACACGGUUUCCUUUGAGAAUUCAGUGAUGGCGGUCCGUGAGGUGAUUGACAGCCAGUUUAUGGAGCUGCAGGCUGCGGUGGAGCGGGCCAAGAGAGAGGUGACAGAGAUCCUGGAGGGAGAGGACAAGCAGGCUCUCAGACAGACCGAGGGGAUCAAGGUACACCUGGAGCAGAAGUGCACUGAGCUGAAGAAGACACAAGAGCAGUUGAAAAAGCUCUCGAAGAACAAGAACGACGUGGACUUCCUACAAGAGUACUCUAAGUGGAAGAAGGACAGCCCUGACAUUACCCUACCUGGGUUACACAUCGGCCUUAUGGACCGGCUCAACUCCUUCAGCAGAGUAAUUGUUACCUCCACACAGGAGCUGUGUGAGAAGCUGCUGUCCAAUUUCAUAGAGACACUCAAAGAGACCUGCAAAAAUGACAAGAUGGGGAUAAAAACCACAGUCCAUGAAACAAUCGCAGCCAAACAGAACAUGACUGUGCCAGACCCAAAGACGCGGGAUGACUUUCUAAAGUAUGCCGGGCCUGUGAGUUUUGACGCAGACACGGCCCAUAAGUUCCUGCGUCUGACUGAGGAAAACAGUAAGGUGACCAACACCACACCCUGGCAACACCCGUACCCCGAUGUCCCUGAGCGCUUUGAGAACUGGCGCCAGGUACUGGCCACAGAGAGCUUCUAUGUUGGUCGACACUACUUCGAGGUGGACGUGAGCGGUGAGGGCACGUACGUCGGACUCACCUACAAGAGCAUCGAUCGCAAGGGCCCAAAGAACAACAGCUGCAUUACUGGCAAUGACUUCUCAUGGUGUCUACAAUGGAACGGCCGCAGCUUCUCUGCCUGGCACAGUGAUGUGGAGACGCCUCUGAAAGUGGAGAAGUUCACACGUAUUGGGGUCUAUGUGGAAUUCAGCUGUGGCCUACUGGCCUUCUAUGGGGUGGAUAAUGCUGUCGGCAUGACCCUCAUUCACAAAUACAAGGCUGACUUUCUGGAGCCUCUCUACCCAGCCUUCUGGCUGUCGAAGAAGGAGAACGUGAUAGAGCUUGUUGGACCUGGGGAGUCGCUGACACUGAAAAGCCCCUCUCCUCCUAACUCACCCCCAAACACCGAUGUUGCACCCCCCAGCCGUUUCACAGUAUCUUCUGUUGUUGAUCAAUGAUUCAGUUGUCAGUGGUAAAUUUCCCCUGUCAACCCGCAAAAGUUUCAGAAUGCAAGAAGAAAUGGAAAAGGAAGUGCAUCAGCUGGCCCCAUACUUAUACAUAUACUUAUGUAAAUAUUUCUGUUUUUAUUUUUAAUACAUUUGCAAAGAUUUCCAAGACCUGUUUUCCACUUUGUCAUUAUGGGGUAUUGUGUGUAGAUUGAUGAGGGGAUUUUUUUAUUUAAUCCAUUUCAGAAUAAGGCUGUAACGUUACAAAAUGUGGAAAAAGUUAAGGGGUCUGAAUACUUUCCGAAUGCACUGUAUAUCCCAAUAAGGUGACAAUAAACCUCACUAGAUUUGUAAAUGAUAUUCUAAA